GGUGAAAUGGCGCAGAAAGGAGUUCAGCUAGACCGAGAAACCUUCUCUUGUUCGAUCUGUCUGGAUCUACUGAAGGAUCCGGUGACUACUCCUUGUGGACACAGCUAUUGCAUGAGUUGUAUUAAAAGUUUUUGGGAUGAAGAGGAUCAGAAGAGAAUCCACAGCUGCCCUCAGUGCAGGCAGAGCUUCACAGAGAGGCUUGUGCUAAAGAAAAACACCAUGUUAGCAGCUUUAGUUGAGGAACUAAAGAAGACUGGACUCCAAGCUGCUCCUGCUGAUCACUGCUAUGCUGGACCUGAUGAUGUGGCCUGUGAUAUCUGUACUGGAAGAAAACUGAAAGCUGUCAAGUCAUGCUUAACCUGUCUGGCCUCUUACUGUGAGAGACACCUACAAUCUCACUAUGAUAGAGCUCCAUUAAAGAAACACCAGCUGGUGGAUGCCUUCGAGAAGCUCCAGGAUGACUUCUGCUCUCGUCACUAUGACCUGGAGAUGAUGCACUGCCAUAAUCAUCGGCAGUGUAUCUGUUAUCUCUGCUCUUUUUACAAACAUAAGGGCCCCAACACAGUCUCUGCUGCUGCAGAGAUGACGCAGAGGGGGAGAGUGCUUGAGGUGAGUCGGCAAUACAUCCAGCAGACAAUCCAGGACAGAGAGAAAGAUGUGAAGGUGCUCCAACAGGAAGUGGAGGCCAUCAGUCUCUCUGCUGAUAAAGCAGUGGAGGGCAGUGAGAAGAUCUUCACUCAGCUGAUCCGUCUCAUGGAUAAAAGACGCUCUGAUGUGAAGCAGCAGCUCAGAUCCCAGCAGAAAACUGAAGUGAGCCGAGUAAAAGAGCUUCAGAAGAAGCUGGAGCAGGAGAUCACUGAGCUGAAGAGGAAAGACGCUGAGCUGGAGCAGCUCUCACACACCCAAGACAACAAUAAGCUCCUGCACAACUACCCCUCACUGUCACAACUAAGGGGAUCUAUAGACAAAUCCAACAUCACUCUCCGUCCACUGCGGUACUUUGAGGAUGUGACAGCAGCUGUGUCAGAGAUCAGAGAUAAAGUACAGCACAUCCUGAGUGAGAGAUGCACAAACAUCUCAGGGACAGUGACAAAAGUGAAUGUUUUACCAUCAAAUUUACAAGAAGCGCCUAAAACCAGAGCCGAUUUCUUGAAAUAUUCACAAGACAUCACAUGGGAUCCAAACACUGCACACACAAAGGUGCUCAUGUCUGAGGGAAACAGGAGAGCGACAUUAAUGAGUCAACAGCUGUUGUAUCCUAGUCACCCAGACAGAUUCACUGAUUGUUAUCAGGUCCUGAGUAGAGAGAGUCUGACUGGACGUUGUUACUGGGAGGUAGAGUGGAGAGGGUGGGGGGUUUUUAUAGCAGUUACAUACAAGACUUUUUGCAGAGCAGGGGACAGAUGUAGAUUUGGAUACAGUGACGAGUCUUGGGCAUUAUAUUGUUCAAAACGUCAUUAUGAAUUCAGACAUAACAAAAUCAAGACUCCAAUCUCAGGUCCUAAGUCCUCCAGAGUUGGAAUGUACCUGGAUUACAGUGCAGGUACUUUGUCCUUCUACAGCGUCUCCAAAGCCAUGACUCUCCUCCACACAGUCCAAACCACAUUCACUCAGCCUCUCUAUGCUGGACUUUGGCUUAGAGACCUGUUUGAUGUUGGGACAACAGCAGAGUUUUGUAAACUUAAGUAAACCAUAUGUCUUCAUUUUUUU